GCUCAUAGAUAAGACGUCAGACUAUUUAGGUUCCAGGGAGGGAGCAAACCAUUUGUCGACUUACAUGGGAUAAAGUUGUGUGCCGAGACCAACAAUAUGUUCAGACUCGUGUGCCUGGUGGUAGUAUUGGCAGUGGCUACCAACGCCUACCGCCGUGUGUGUUACCAUUCUAACUGGUCACAAUACAGACAAAGCCCAGCUAAGUUCUACCCAGAGAACAUCGACGCCAGUCUCUGUACCCAUGUCAUCUAUGCAUUUGCAACUCUCAACGGUAACCAUUUAAAGGCAUUCGAAUGGAACGACGAGAGCACAGCAUGGUCCAAAGGCAUGUACGAACGAUUUAAUGCAAUGAAGAAACAGAACCCGACUGUAAAGACCAUGCUAGCUGUAGGAGGCUGGAACAUGGGAUCUGCACCUUUCACAAGAAUAGCAGCAUCCGAUUCAAGUCGCCGGGACUUUGCCAAUGAUGCAGUGAAAUUCCUUCGAACACACGAUUUUGACGGCCUUGAUUUCGACUGGGAGUAUCCGGCCAACAGAGGGAGCCCUCCACAAGACAAACAGAACUUUGUCUCUCUUGUUAAGACAACACGUGAAAUAUUUGAUGCAGACGCACAAACAAGUGGCAAACCCCGUUUGAUACUCUCAGCAGCUACUGGAGCGGGCAAGUCUAAAAUUGAAACGGCGUACGAUCUGCCCCAGCUCGUGAAGUAUUUGGAUAUGAUUAACUUGAUGACCUAUGACCUUCAUGGUUCGUUCGAGGACCACACUGGCCACAACAGUCCACUAAAGGCAGGUCCAUUGGAUAAGGGUGACGACGCCACCCUGAACGUGGAAUGGGCUGCCCAUGAAUAUGUGAGAAGAGGAACACCGAAGAGUAUGCUAAACGUCGGAAUGCCUCUAUACGGUCGCUCCUUCACACUGAGUGGAUCUAACACUGGUCUGUACGCUCCCGCCCGAGGAGGAGGCACUGCUGGGACGUAUACCCGAGAGAGUGGAUUUUUGGCAUACUAUGAGAUUUGUAAAAUGUCCCCUGGCGCACAGAAGCAUAUGAUACAAGGAGAGGAAGUACCAUACCUCGUCAAGGGUAACCAGUGGGUAGGCUACGACGACAAGGAAAGUCUCCGUAAGAAGGUAGAUUUUGUGAAACAAGAGCAAUACGGUGGUGUUAUGGUCUGGGAUCUGGCCCUCGACGAUUUCAGUGGAUCAUGUGGAGAAGGCAAAUACCCGCUUUUGCACGCCAUUAAUGAUGAAUUGACAAGGGGCGGUUCAGGAGCGGUGGCAACAAAUGCACCCGUGAACACCCAGCCACCUGUGGUAACUAACGCGCCUCAAAUGACAACUCGUCCUCCAGUGGUGACUGCUGCACCACAAACUGCAGCACCUCAAACUCAAGCACCCCAAACUCAAGCACCCCAAACUAACGCCCCAGUGACUUCUGCACCUCUGCCUCCAACGUCAGCUCCAAACGUCCAACAUACGGUAACUACAACAAAUCACUUCAACUGUGCCUCUCAGAGCACUGGCUUUUACCCCAGUCCCACUGACUGUUCAAUGUACUAUAUCUGUGCCGGUGGAGCCGCGUUUGAAGUGGCGUGUACAACCGGUCUUCAGUUUAAUCCUUCAACAUUGUUUUGUGAUUGGCCAAGAAAUGUCAAAUGCAAUGCAAAUCAGACAACCUCGCAGCCACCUGCACUGACGCAGAAGCCAGUUGUAUCCAUGACGACGAUGUCCCCUGGAACAAAUGCACCAGUCACGAGUAAGCCGCUCCAAACCUCACAACCAGUUGUAACUCCUCAGCCUACACAACCGACCAGCGCACCACAAACCAACGCGCCAGCACCAACCACAGCAGUACCAACUUCAGCUCCUCAGACGACAAAUGCCCCUCAGCAACCUAAUCAGCCAGCGACUAACAGCAACAAUGUCUGUCUUGGCAAGGUAGACGGAUACUUUCUUGAUCACCAAGACUGUGGAUAUUUCUACCAAUGUGCCUUCGGCCUGGCCUUCCAUGAACCCUGUCCCCCGGGUCUCGCCUUCAAUGAAAAUAUUCGCGCAUGUGAUUACCCUAUUAACGUGCCCGCAUGUGCCACUUACACUGGGCGAAAAUAAUAAAUACUAUAUUAAAGUCAAUUGAGCAAAA